AUGCCAUACUAGUAAUCUACUGAUCUCCGUUCUUCCCCAUCUUUUUCUCUCUUUCUUCUCUUUUGGCUCUCCAAAACCCCCAAAUCAUGCAGGCGAGCGACAGGUUUAAUAUAAACUCACAGUUAGAGCAUUUGCAAGCUAAGUAUGUGGGCACUGGCCACGCCGACUUGAACAGAUUUGAAUGGGCAGUGAACGUUCAGCGGGAUAGUUAUGCAUCGUAUGUUGGGCACUACCCAAUGCUAGCUUAUUUUGCAAUUGCAGAGAACGAAUCAGUUGGUAGAGAACGCUAUAAUUUCAUGCAGAAAAUGCUUUUGCCCUGUGGUCUCCCACCUGAGAGAGAAGAUGAUUGAGAAUUGCAAAGUUCAGAUUUUAGCAUUGUCCUGCUGCAUGUUUGGAAGCUGAGAUACUAUCUUUUGUUUAUGAUGUACUCAGUACAGCUUUAGGGAUGUGAUUUCUGUCACUGACAAGGGCAUAUGUAUGAUGUGUAUCUUGAAUUUUCAUGGAUGUUACUCUUAAUGUAACCAUUAUAAUUUGAUGGGAUACUUUGUUCUCCAAUUGCCUUCUGGUUUCCAA